UAACAAACCCCCUACCUAGUUAUCUAGUUCACGCCCAGUGAUAGUGGAGUGAUUUUUUGGUUAAUUUUUUUUUUGUGUUGUAAUUCGGGAUAUUUCCAAGAAAAGAUGGCGCGAGUGUGCGUGAUCGGCGCUGGCGCAGCGGGUCUGUGCGCCGCGAGGCACCUGCUGGCCGAGCCCAGCUUGGGGCGCGUGGACAUUCUCGAGCAGACCGCGCAGCUGGGCGGCACCUGGGUCUACACCGAGACCACGGGCUACGACGACUUCGGCCUGCCGAUACACACCAGCUUGUAUAAAAGUCUGAGAACUAAUCUGCCAAAGGAGGCGAUGGGAUUCCCCGACUUCCCUGUGCCUGAGAGUGAGAAGUCCUACCUCCCUGCCAAGGAGAUGUUGGCUUUCCUACAGUUAUAUGCCGACAAACACGGCGUCACUUCUCACAUCAAGUUCAACCACCAUGUCCAGCUUGUCAAACCCAAGGCGGGAGGCCCUAGGGGGGAGCUGUGGGACGUCACGUACAAGAGCCUGGUCACCGGGGUGUCGGAGACGAGGGAGUACGACUACGUGUUCGUGUGCAACGGACAUUAUAACACGCCCUUCAUACCUAACAUACCGGGCCUCAAGGACUUUCAAGGUGACGUGAUGCACAGUCACGACUAUAGAGUCCCAGAGACCUUCGCCGGCAAGAGAGUUCUGGUUGUAGGAGCCGGUCCAUCAGGCUUGGACAUCGCUCUAGAGAUCACAACAGUCACCCCGAAGGUCAUACUCAGCCACCACCUCAAGGAGCAGCUGAAGACGGCGUUCCCAGACAACUUAGUGCAGAAACCCGAUGUGAUAAAGCUAGAGGGAAAAACCGCGUACUUCCAAGACGGGAGCGAGGAGGAAGUUGAUGUCUUCUUCUUAUGUACCGGUUACCUGUACAAUUUCCCGUUCCUGCACCAGUCUUGCGGCAUCGUGGUGGAGGACAACUGCGUGGAGCCUCUCUACAAACAUCUGGUGAACAUACACCACCCCACCAUGUGCUUCAUCGGGGUACCUUACUAUGUGUGCGCCUUCUCCAUGUUCGACUUACAGGUGCGGUACUACGUGCGGUCAAUGAGCGGCGCGUUCAGUUUACCAACUCCCGCGCAGAUGCAGCAACACUGGGAGCAGGAGAAGGAAGAGCGAGCCGCGCGCGGGUACACGCGCCGCCAGACACACAUGAUGGGACCCGACCAGGAAAAAUAUUACGCAUCGCUGGCGGCUGAAGCCGGGACCAAGACCUUGCCUUCCGUCCUCACCAAGAUCAGAGAAGAAAGCGGCAUUAGGUAUCUCAACAACAUCACGAGCUACCGCCAAGACAUCUACAAGAUCAUAGACGAUGACAGAUACGAAAUAAUAAGUAAUGGGAAGCGGGAAGUUCUUUGUUGACCUUAAAAG